GAUCCACACUGAUAUCUCCUUCUUCAUUUUCCAUCUCUGAUCUCUCUUCAAUCUUAUAUUCAGGUACUCUAAUAAUUUUUUUUUUCUACCGUUACUGCAUUAUCUCGAUUUCUCAGUUUCUCCCAUUCCUGGAAUCUGAAUUUUCACUUCAGAACUCUCCAAUUAGUUGUUCACUGUUGAAUCUGUUCUCUUCGCCGUAGUCGCCAUGGAUUUGGAUAACAAGCUCCUGAAUAUGGGUCUCCUCAUCAUGGCCACUCUAGUUGUGGCCAAGGUUAUCUCCGCCUUUAUUAUGCCUAAAUCUAGAAAACGUCUGCCUCCAGUUAUGAGCGGUUGGCCAGUGGUUGGGGGGCUAUUCCGGUUCUUGAAAGGCCCGAUUAUAAUGCUUCGUGAUGAGUACCCAAAGCUUGGCAGUGUGUUCACUGUGAACCUAGCUCACUGGAAGAUUACAUUUUUGAUCGGUCCUGAGGUGUCAGCUCACUUCUUCAAGGCUCCAGAGGCAGACCUCAGCCAGCAGGAGGUCUAUCAGUUCAAUGUGCCUACGUUUGGUCCAGGUGUUGUCUUUGAUGUUGAUUACACAGUGCGACAAGAGCAGUUUCGCUUCUUUACAGAGUCUCUGAGGGUCAACAAACUCAAAGGAUAUGUGGAUCAGAUGGUCAUGGAAGCAGAGGAUUACUUCUCAAAGUGGGGAGACAGUGGUGAAGUUGACAUAAAGUAUGAGCUUGAACAUCUGAUUAUCUUGACUGCUAGUAGAUGUCUACUAGGUCGAGAAGUUCGUGAUAAGCUUUUUGAUGAUGUGUCAGCGUUGUUCCAUGACCUGGACAAUGGAAUGCUCCCUAUCAGUGUUUUAUUCCCAUAUCUGCCCAUUCCAGCUCACCACCGCCGUGACAGGGCUCGUAAGAGGCUUGCAGAAAUCUUUGCAAACAUCAUAGCUUCUCGUAAACUUGCUGGCAAAUCAGAGAAUGACAUGUUGCAAUGCUUCAUAGACUCCAAAUACAAAGAUGGUCGCCCAACUAGUCAAUCUGAGAUUACAGGCUUGCUUAUUGCUGCUCUUUUUGCUGGGCAGCACACCAGUUCCAUUACCUCCACUUGGACUGGGGCAUACCUCCUCCGUUACAAGGAGUACUUAUCUGCUGUAUUGGAGGAGCAAAAAGCCCUGAUGAGAAAGCACGGGAAUAAGGUUGAUCAUGAUAUUUUGUCUGAGAUGGAUGUCCUGUACCGGUGCAUUAAGGAAGCGCUAAGGCUCCAUCCUCCACUAAUAAUGCUGCUGCGCAGCUCUCACAGUGAUUUUAGCGUGACAACUCGAGAGGGAAAAGAAUAUGACAUCCCAAAGGGCCACAUUGUUGCAACAUCUCCAGCAUUUGCAAACCGGCUCUCUCAUAUUUACAAGGAUCCUGACAGAUAUGAUCCUGACAGAUUUGCUGUUGGGAGGGAAGAAGACAAGGCGGCAGGGGCAUUUUCAUAUAUUUCUUUUGGAGGUGGUAGGCAUGGCUGCCUUGGUGAACCAUUUGCAUAUUUGCAGAUAAAAGCUAUAUGGAGCCAUUUGCUGAGGAAUUUUGAAUUGGAGCUGGUAUCUCCUUUCCCCGAGAUUGACUGGAAUGCAAUGGUAGUUGGUGUGAAAGGAAAGGUGAUGGUGCGAUACAAGCGCCGGGAGCUUUCAGUUAACUAGUGGGAACAACAUUGUGGAUGUUUUGCAGAUAUUAUGCACGCUAGGGCUUGAUCGUGCUUUGAUUUUAUAUUUUUUAUACAUUUCUAGGAGGUGCUUUGCUCUAUUAAAUGGAUUGUGAAAUUGUGGCCUUAUUUAAGUUUCCAUAGACUUACGGUAAUUGUAGCUUGUGACGCUUAGGUUUUGUUUGAAUUGUGAGGAUUGAGGAUCAAAACUUGGAGUUCUGUUCUAAACUUGUUAACGAUGCAAUUUGGUCUAGCUUUUGUAAGCUUGAAGAAUACAGGUUGAAGAAUACAGAAAACUAGUGCAAGUGCCUUAAUAUAUUGUCUAGUCUUUAGUACUUGCAUAUUCUUGA